AUGGGAAAACCGUUGCGAAUUGCAAUAUCAUUAAAUGCAUUGCGUAAUAAUGCUGAUCGUGCCAUCACUCGAGCUGCUGCGAUACGCGUUAAUGAUGAGUAUGACGAAUUCGAUCAUCCUCAGGCUUAUAUUGCACGCAGAACAUUAGCACAUGUACCUCUACUGGCGGAAAACAAUGCGUACCGGAUUAUUCUUCAACAGAUGAACGGUCGACGUUCUCUUACCCAAAAAUGUUUGAAGGAGAAAGGAUACAGUGAAUUAGUGCGAAAGCCUUCACAACCCACCCAAAAUUCUCGAGUGGAGUGUCCAGGAUUUCGAAAAAUGCCGGAUCUGGAGCCGCUUAGAGCUACCCCACGUCAUCAUGCAGAAGUCUGUACUGAUGAAGCUUAUCUGAAGCGACAUGAGAAAUAUGAAAAGCAAGAAAAGUUGAUCAAGCGUCGGGACCGCAUUCGGCAACGCGAGGAGCAAUAUCGACUCCGUCUCAUGAAGGUGGAGAAACCGAAUACUUCACCUGAGCCAAAAAUAGAAUCAAUAGAAGUGGUGGAGAAAAAGCCUCGCCGUCGAAAACAUUGA